CUCUCCUGCUGUCCUGCUGCAGAUUUGACGCAUGCGUAACUGUCGUCUAGUCGCUCUGCUCAAAGGCACCGAGGCGGAGAGGGUUUCUCUCCACUCACCUGCAUCCAGGCACGGCGGCUCUCAAGCGCUCAUAGGCCGGGAACAGUUCCGCUGGAUACGUCCGGAGGACCGGCUCCGCACCGGCCGUCAUCCCGCAGAUGGUCUUUGUCUGCAGGCAGGGGACCUGGGAACCCGGGCCCGCUGCGGGAGCGGGAGGAGGCCUCGGAGCUCCCCUGUUCUGACCCAGAAAAGAGCAGCGACAGCCCGGCUGCAUCUCUACUAGCAGGUCGGCUAGCAUCCGUCCAGAGCGGGGCUCGGGGAGGCAGCGAGCAGGCCGAAUAAAGGGACUGCUUCGUGCUGCUUCGGGUCGAGGUUUCUCCCGGAUUUUAUUUUGGCUUUAUUUUUCUGCGGGUUAUUCUUUAAAUCUGGAAAUCGCGGGACUGGAGGCCGGCUAGCUGCGAGCUAGCUGCCCAGGAUUACCAGGGUAACCAGACAGCAGAGGCUCCGCAGUAAAACAGACCGUCUCCCGGUGCUCUCUGACCCGCUGACAGACCUCACCGGAGGCCGGGGCGCAGCGAUGGCUGCCUUAAUCAGAAUCCGGGGGAUUGUGAGCAGGAACAAAAGGCGGUACCAGGAGGACGGCUUCGACCUGGACCUGACCUACAUUUAUCCAAACAUCAUCGCGAUGGGUUUCCCCGCCGAGCGGCUGGAGGGCGUUUACAGGAACAACAUCGAUGACGUGGUUCGGUUUUUAGACUCGAAGCACAAGAAUCACUAUAAGAUCUACAACCUAUGUGCGGAGCGACAUUACGACGCGUCAAAGUUUAACUGUCAAGUCGCUCAGUACCCGUUCGAGGACCACAACCCGCCCCAGCUGGAGCUGAUAAAGCCGUUCUGCGAGGACCUGGACCAGUGGCUGAGCGAGGACGAGCAGCACGUCGCCGCCAUCCACUGCAAGGCGGGAAAGGGCCGGACCGGCGUGAUGAUCUGCGCCUACCUGCUGCACCGGGGCAAGUUCCAGGAAGCUCAGGAGGCCCUCGACUUCUACGGGGAAGUCCGCACCCACGACAAGAAGGGUGUGACCAUCCCGAGCCAGCGGCGCUACGUCGUCUACUACAACUUCCUGCUGAAGAACCAGCUGCAGUACAAACCGGUGGCUCUGCUCUUCCACAAGAUGCUGUUUGAAACUAUCCCCAUGUUCACCGGAGGCACCUGCAACCCCCAGUUUGUCGUGUACCAGCUGAAGGUGAAGAUCCACACCUCUAACCCCACCCACACCCGCAGGGAAGACAAACUGAUGCUGUUUGAGUUCCCGCAGCCACUUCCUGUCUGUGGAGACAUCAAGGUGGAGUUCUUCCACAAGCAGAACAAGGUGCUGAAGAAGGAGAAGAUGUUCCAUUUCUGGAUCAACACCUUCUUCAUCCCGGGUCCGGAGGAAGUCCCAGAGAGGAUGGAAAACGGCAGCGCGGGGACACCCAGAGAGCUGUUUGACAGGAUGCCGCAGACCCCGAUGACGCCAGGAAGCGAAACCAACGACAGAGACUACCUGGUCCUCACGCUGACCAAGAACGACCUGGACAAGGCCAACAAGGACAAGGCCAACAGGAACUUCUCCCCGAACUUCAAGGUGAAACUGUUCUUCACCAAGACGGUAGAAGAAGGAGCCAACUGUGACGCGAGCAGCACGUCCUCGAUGACGCCAGACGCCAGCGACAACGAACCGGAUCACUACCGCUACUCGGACACGACGGACUCGGACCCUGAGAACGAGGGGUUUGAAGACGAAGACCACAAUCAGAUCACAAAAGUCUGACACACACGCACUCUCUCUCUCUCUAAUACGCAAACAUACAGCUAUAUACGUGUAUAUAUAUCUCCAGUAUGUAUGUAUGUAUACACUCGUGAACCCAGACGAAGACUAGCGGGCGGUUAGCUAACGGGGAGUAUCACCGGCGGACCGCAGCUGAUCAGUGGGACUCUGGAUGCAAAGAGCUCUGAUCAGAAUACUUUGGCCAUCCUCACCCCACCCCCCAAACUUCUACACAGCUGGACAAUCACAUGACAUGGAUUUGUAAGCAUGUGGGCGGUGCCAGGCGAGCGGACAGUGUGACGCAGGAAUGGACAGACAGGACAGUUUAAAGGAGUAAAACUUGAAUCUAGACAAACGGAAAGACGAGUAGGCUUCUUUAGUGACCACGCCGCGGUGUCUGUGGGACGAAUCCCCUCCCGACCAGCUUUCAGUUUCGUGCUGAGCGGUCUGGACUCUGUCUUCAUCUCUGCUCUCUUCAGGCUUUCUCAGUGUUGACGCUUCUCUCUGUGUGCUGAAAACUCAAAUUCAGGUCGAGCGUGGAGCUUUGAAGGCCAGUACUUGUGCUUCACCUGAAUCUGAGACGUGGAUCACUGUGGGACACCCAAACUAGUUUACCUGACUCAAAAUGUGAAACCACGAUGCCGAUGAUGGCAGACGGUCAUGUCAUGUGAUGAAUCUGGCAAAAUAUCAGCUUUAGGUGAGGCGAAUCUUUUGUUGUAAAACGAGAUGCUGAUUAAAAAAGAUCGGACCCCCGCGUCACCGUGACCGGGUUUAUUUAUUCUCCCGAUUACUUCAAACACCUUCAACUGGAAACUCCUGAUCCAGUUUGCAGCAGCCCAUUUAAUCCAGUCUAAAUUGGGUUGGGCUGUGGGUCUGAACUGGUUUGGACCACGCUGGCCCAUGUGGGACUAUCCAAGUCCAUUUUUGGCACCUUUUGCCCCGAGUCUUGUUUGGACCAGCCAGACGGGUCCCAUCGCUGAUCUGGACCCAGUUUGGGACAAAGCAGUGCACAAAGAGAAGCGACAACCUGCUGUUGAAUGUGACAGUGAAGAUGAGAAACUUUAUUAUUCACAGUCCUCUGCAGAGCCGUCAAUCAUCUGCUGUCAGACGCUUUGAGUGCGACCCAGGCUUGAACACGUGCUUCACUGCUUCUCUGUCUGUCCUCAGUUUUGCACAGAAGGACUCUGUUCAGUCUUUCAAUCAGCUCCUACACUUCCAAGAACCUUGUUUUUGUUGUACUCUGAAAUAUAUCAAUCAUUAAGCUAAACGACAAACGAGCUACUGCACUGUAUAACCAUUCCUGCAGCGAUCUGCUUUUAAGCUACACACCUAUAUAGGCUACCCCCAACACAGACUGAAGCAGAAAUCUUUGACUCCAGAGCGCUGGCUUUCUGUAUGUCUGGCAUGCACUUUAUGAAGGACACUCGAGUGAAUCGGCCUUGUAAAUAUUUCCAGGCGAGCUCCGUCUGUCCAGGAGAUCUGAUUCGGCUCGUGUUGCGCUGUAGUCCUUAUAAAGCUGCCGUUUGUGAGGUUUGAGCUUUGGCUCUUUCCAGCCGGAGGUCAGUCCGCAGCGUGGGAGUGCCAUAAUUACAAUGUCAUGGAUUUCUUUUUAGUAAAACUACUUUAAGCUAAAGAUCAGCCAGGUCCAUUUGGAGCAUCUUUUAAAUGGACACUGGGACUUCGUCGGGGUCAUGAGGAUUUUGGGAUCACUGCCCAAAAAAAAGUUGAAACACUGUGCUGACCGAGCGGCUCCAUCACGAUGGUCAGCCUCUGUGUGUCUCUGGUUUCUGAUGGUAACGCUCUAGAAUUAUUACUCUGUCCAUAGACUAUUAAUCGUUUUUACUCACUACUACUUCUUGGAGACGUUUAAGCACUUAUAUUCUUGCAAAUUGUACCUUUAACACCAGGGACGAUGGCUGGAGAGUCACGUUAGCAUCACAGCAGGUUUGAGACUUGUUUCAAAUUGAGAGAAUGAGUAUUAGAGAGAUUUCAGUUACUGGAGGUUUGGCUUUGCCAAGUUAAAGCGGGCUCUUGGACGACUGUUUUGACCAUUAAGCUUCUUGCACAUCCACCGUUCUGCAUAGUUAAGAUACUACAUGUACAGUAUGAAAAUGCCUAAUGCAGUGACCAUAAGCACCGUCUGACUUCAGUCAGUCACACCCUAUAAAAGUCUGUCCGGUGGACCGGAGCAUCUACAGGACCAUCUGCCUCCUGGUUGGGCACAGGUAGAAGUUUUAGUCCUGUUGCCUGAUUUCCGUCCUCACAUUUGGUGCUAAAACCUAUUGUGGACCCUGCUAUGACUGAUCGUUCAUCCUAGGUGUGGUAUCUUGGGUCUCUAUUGUUGAACCUGUUGGUCUUGUCAGGUCUGGUCACACAGGAUGCACCGUGAGGAUCUAAAACAAACUCCAAAGUUGUAGUGCCGAUGCCUUCAGUAAAAAAACAUUGAAAACUCCCAUCUCGAUCUCCAGAUGUGUUUAAAGUCAAAGAGCUGGUGACCUGUAAUGAAAGGCAGAGGCAUCAGUAAUGAUGAUAUCUCUCAUGUUCAGUUGCAAUCAGGAUAAAUAAGAUGCUGAACCUUGAGCUUGACCCUAAAAGGAGAAGAUCUGAGGGUUGGUUUGACCCUCAGAUCUUUGGGAGCUCGUCCGUUCUUGCUGUCCAAGGUUGAACAUGUUUGCAGAGUUCAUGAUGAUGAUGAUGAUGAUGAUGAUGAUAAUGCAGGAGCAACUGCCAACUGUUCCUUCAUGCUCUCUCUUAUGACCGAUCUAAUGCCUCAGCAGUGCCGAGGGUUUUUGGGUUAGAUUGACAUUUAGCCAAACAAACUGCAUCCUGUGUGAGCACGUCUAACGCCGUGGCCUGGUGCUACUGACAGCCAGUGCAUGCAGCAGGUCCUGGGGUUACAGUGCACUUUGUUGAGCUAGCCCGGUGCUGGUCGUCCAUCUGUGGUGCUCUCUACCAGCAGCAAGCAUGCUCGUCCACUCCUGAUCUCUGAUGCCCAGCAGCUGUGUCGUCAGCGUGGCCAUACAGCCACUGGGAUUUUUACAGCAGCAUUUCCGGUCUCGAGUCCUGUUAGGUGCUAUCAGACCUGGCCUCACGUCCUGUCACUGACCUGUUCAGCAGUGACCAGCGUGUAGUGUAGACCUGUACCAGAGUCCAAGGUUUGACUCCAUUCAGGUGGAUUUGUUCUUAAAACCCACAGUUUUACUGAAGCCCAGUGACUCGAUGAGGCUUGGGGCAGGUCGUGGUCGGGUCCAGAACGAUGGGUAGAAGCUGUGUUUUGACUCUUUGUGAUUCUCCAAAUGAUUUUCCAGCACUGCUUUACCCAAAGGGAAGCUUGCAGAGAUUCAGAGAUGGGUCCGAAUGUGGAAGACGGUGCUGUAAUAUUUCAUGUUGGUAAUAUUCUGCACUGCUGAACGGGUUCAGGUGUUUGAGGCCAGGCAGGUGCUGUCCACGUCUCUGACUGUUCAAGGUGCUCAGUGUCUUUUCAUUGUUGGUUGUAUACAAACCUACAUUCAGCUCUUCACCUCACCUGGAGUUUCAUAGAAAGUGGUCACCUGUUAACAGAGCUGGGGUCAAAGUCCUCCCCCAUUCUGACAUCAUCAGGGUUUCUGCGGCGACUCGGUGUGAAGAAACCUUGAAAUUUGCCUUUUAAUGCACCACGCCUGCCUCUUUCCCACUGAUGUGGUACCGAAACAGUGGCCCCACCAGAGAGCCUGCUGCUCCUGAAGUUCGGACCCGUGACGUCAAACGCUACGGGAGGGCCUACCGCAAGAAAUUCAUCCAGUGAUUGGCAGACUCUGGGUGGGGUCCUUUUCCCGCAGACAUUAGCCCAACAUCUGCUAACGAUUCUCAGAUCUGUGUGCUGGUUCUGGUACCAGUGGAAAAGCGGUCAUUGUGACCAGUAACAGUUCUCAAACACAAGCUCCUGUACUUCCUGCCUCCUCAGACGUCCUGUUUCCUUCCCUGACCACACAGUGCUUCAGCUCUGCUGUUUACAUCUCUUCACCAAACCUGCCAAGAUGAAGCUCGGACGCCUUUGUGUUUCGAAUUGAGUUUGGGUCCGUUUGUUAAUUACAGUCUGUGUUCACACUCUGUUUGUUUUUCGCCUUAAGGUUAAGGUGUCACCGUUUCUCUGUGCAACAGUCUGUAGAUAGAUGCUCUAUUGAUCCCACAAGGGAACUGGGACCCAAACAUGUGACAUAGUCUGCUUGUGUUAUCCUCACGGAGAACCUCGUUAGAAUAACUGCAUUUCACAAACCACAGUGUCGGUUUUUCAGCCUCCUUUCAUUGAAGUAAAUCAGAUGGCUUUGUCAUGUGACCGCACCUUCAGUAGUUUCAGACGUUUCCUCGGAGUUGUGUACCCAAACCAUGUCUGUUGGUCCAGUCAGAGAAAGAACAACAGAAACGCCUCCAGAUCAGGCUGUUUAGCCAUCUGUUCUGCUUCUCUGUCGUGUGUGGUCAGAGUUUGAGAUCAUUGGAUGUAAAAGAAGCGUUUGUGAACCGCAAGCUUCUCACAGAUUUUCUUAUUUCUCUGCUUUCCUGAGCUGAUGUCAGCUGUUCCCCAGAUCUGAGUCCUGAACAUAAAACAACACAUCAUUGGCGUAGAGCGCAUCUCCUCUCACUCCUGUUCAGUCUAAACGUGGCCAAAGCUUCAAAUGAAGAUGUUAACCUGCAGGCCAAGUACAGAAAACACAGCCACGGGUGCUGCCCCUCAGCAGGCUUCCAGAAGACAGCGAGCGUUAUUUCAGUGAGACGGUUUGUUCCAAACAGAAGAUGCUGGCCAGGCUUUAGUGGACCAAGCGUUGAUUGGUCAGUCCACAGGGUGUGGUGAAAUACGUUUUAACUGAGGUUUAAUAAAUAAAUAAAUGUGGGCCGUGUCUUCCUGGCCUCCUGUUAACACAUAAUGGCUGUUUCGACACAUCCAGAAUCAUUUCGUGUCGUUAACGUGCAGCUCACUCUUUGCCUUUAAAUCUAUAUUUCACAGACGUGUGGUCUCAUCACUAAGCCCCACCUCCUGCUGUUGGGUAUCUCGGUAACAAAGUAAACUCAAGCACCUUAAAUCCGUUAAAGCUGACGACAUGUCUCGGCACAUUUGACCAGUGAAAACUAAAACUAACGCAGGACGCUACGCAGCUACUCAGCUUCUGUUUUCACGGCGACAAAAACAGUCAGUAACAUUAGCUUAAACGAGGUCGCUAGCACAAUGCUAACAUUAGCUUUCCUUCUGCUUUGCUGUUUAAGGACGGCCCCUUUCUGGGGUGGAGUUUCUGGUCUCGAUCAGAUGUGGUUUUGUUCCCGACUCCCAGCCUCGUGUCACAUGUCAGCUGCACACAGGUGUUCAUUUUAUUUUCCAAUCAACAAACAAAAGUCACCUGACUGCAAACUAUAUCACCAUGGCAACAUGUUAAUCUGACCCCACCCCCGCUUCUUUUAUUCCUCCUCUCCUUGUUUUAUAAAGAAAUAAAAACACUGUAAAGGUGAAUAAACUAUUUAUAAACAGCU